GCCGGGUGCUAAGAAUGAAACGUCUGUGACGUCACAGCUCUACCUGAGUUUCGGGAAGGGAGUCGAAAAGGGGUGGCCUGAACUAAUGGGGACAAGAUUAUCAGAAUUGUUCUCGCAUGAUAAGAAGUAUACGUGAGUCAUACAGUCUACUUUUACCUGGAUUGCUAAGGACAUACAAAUUCCAACGUUUUGGAGAAUAAUAUUUCCCUGAAAUUGAUUGAGGUUCUACUUUCUCCCGGAUAGAAAGUAGCCUACUUCCUGGUCACAUUCAACUGCAGAUUGAAAGCAUGGCGGUCACCCCACGGCGUGUUCGGCUCAAGCCAUGGCUAGUGGCCCAGGUGGACAGUGGGCUCUACCCAGGUCUGGUGUGGCUCGAUCGAGACAACAAGCGCUUCAGGGUCCCCUGGAAACACGCUACGCGCCACACCCCCCAGCAUGAGGAAGAGAACACAAUCUUUAAGGCCUGGGCAGUGGAGACAGGAAAGUUCCAGGAGGGUAUUGAUGACCCUGACCCUGCCAAGUGGAAAGCCCAGCUCCGCUGUGCCCUCAACAAGAGCAGAGAGUUCAACCUUGUCUACGAUGGCACCAAAGAAGUUCCCAUGAACCCCCUGAAGAUCUACGAUGUCUGUGACAUCCCACAGCCCCUCAGUAACCCAGGAUCCUCAGACUCUGGGUCCUGGACGCCGAAUGACUGUGAUGAAGAUGAACCAGAUACUCCAGAGCCCCUUCCUCCUUAUCCAACAUCCAAUGGCACCAGCCCCACUCUAAUGUGGUCUCCUCCGGGGUCAGUAUCGCCCCUCCACCCCCCCAGCUGCCCCCCAUCAGUUGAAGUGUGGCCCAAAGAGGAGGUUAAGCCGUGGCCAAAAGAGGAGCCUUUGGAUGUGGAGAUGCAGCCCUCCCCUGAGGAGAUGGUGCCCCCUCCGCCACUUGACAUGCCUUCCCCUUCCAUGCCUGACAUGAUGUUCGCCUCCCCAGAGAUGUGGAUCAGCUCCUUGCCCAUGACAGACCUGGAGGUGCAGUUCCAGUACCGGGGUAAGGAGGUGUGUCCAGCCAUGACAGUCAGUAAUCCCCAGGGCUGCAGGCUGUUUUACGGGGACCUGGGCCCCAUGGUCAACCAGGAAGAGCUGUUUGGCCCUAUCAGCCUGGAGCAGCUGAGGUUCCCCUCUACCGAGCACAUCGCCAACGACAAGCAGAGGGUCUUCACCAACCGCCUGCUGGAUGUCAUGGACCGAGGCCUCAUCCUGGAGGUCAGUGGCCAUGACAUCUAUGCCGUCCGCCUCUGCCAGUGCAAGGUGUACUGGUCAGGCCCCUGUGCACCCAACCCCAAUGCACCCAACCUCAUAGAGAGGCAGAGGAAGGUUAAGCUGUUCUGUCUGGAGUCGUUUCUUAGCGGUGUAAUAGCCCAUCAGAGGGGCCAGUCGGCCAGCCUUCCUCAGUUCGACAUCAACCUGUGCUUUGGAGAGGAGUGGCCUGACAGCAGACCUAGGGAGAGGAAGCUCAUCAUGGUGCAGAUCAUCCCUGUGGUAGCACGUAUGAUCACUGAGAUGUUCUCAGGUGACUGCAUGCGCUCCUUCGACAGCGGCAGCGUGCGCCUGCAGAUCUCCAUCCCGGACAUCAAGGACAACAUCGUUACCCACCUGAAGCAGCUGUACCGCCUGCUACAGACCCACCAGGGCCAGGAGGGCUGGCCUCAGGCUCUGCCCCUGGGUGCUGGCAUGAGCCUGCCCCAGGCCCUGCACGCCCAGUGAAGCUACCCAGUCAACCAUGGCCCUACCAGGCCAGUCAGUCUCAUACACAGCUCUGUCUGGACACUGUCUCCUUACUGCUGCCUCUACUGCUGGGUUAUGUGGAGACCUGUCGUCAGCAAGCGAGUACUUAUGUUUAUAGAGGCGUGUUAAUCCGAAUAGGAAAAGGGAGAGGGAUUGCUUCAAUUUAGCCUUUUCCCUUUCUUUUGCUAUUAUGUUCUCUGAGAGGAGCCAUGUAUAUAUUGUGGUAAAUGCUGCUAAACAGGCACUGUAAGACUACUACUGUGGCAGUCAGUAAAACAUGGAUAGUGUCUGUCUGCAGUUCUAAAGCCCAGUGGCCUUGUACUCAAUAUGGGCAGAACUAGAGGAGCAUUGGAUGGCAUUAUGGGCAAAAGUCCUGUCAGCUGCAAGGCAACAUUGAACAUAGUCAAUGAGUUACAGGCAUAACCCUUGACCCCAUGUUACAAAAUACCAGUCAGUUAUCAAGCUGUGUCCUGGUCCUUGUUGCUCAUGUCAUUUUGUCUACUACCUGUUUUUAACCCAUGAAGAAUAUGUUUGAGUGCUAAAGCUAGAUAUUUAUAUAUUUUUCUUUUGGAGAAAAAACAUGCAAGUGGUUAAUCCAUUAUGUGAACUUUUAUGAUACACACUUUAAUCGUUUUCUUUCCUUUCUAUUGGUUAUUAUACAUUUGUAUCUCAUCAUGACUGCUGAGAUCCAUUCUAACGGUUCCUGCAAGAUAUAUCCUAUACCCUUUACUGGUUUGUUUAUGCUAAUACUAGUAGAUAAGAUCAGGUCAAGGUAGAGGAUUCGGUGAACCAAAUGGAUUGUUUAUUUUCUGAUAGACCUUAUCACCAUGUAUAGCCUCCAUUUAUAAUUUUAUGGAAUUUAAACCAUUUGUUUUGGUCCAUGAAAUUAGUAUAAGUGGUGUCGCUGCACUUUUGGGAGUAAAUUGAGUCUUAUGCUUAGAUAGCAUUUCAUUUUUCAAUAAAUUUUAUCCUAAUGAUUUGUAUUGUUUUUGUUGAAAAAUGCCCAUAACUAGGCAAGUGAUCUGUUUAGUUUUUUAGUUUUUUUAAAUGAAGGGAAUCCGCAAUGAAAUGUAUUCAGUAAUGAAAAAGGGUUUAAUUCAAAUUGACAAAGUUAUACCUGCAAGUGUUUUAUUCACUGGUAUUUUAUGUCAGUUUUACUGUCUAGUUAUUACAGUGGUUGUGUGUCAAAUAUACUGACACCAUAUGUAUUUGAUUAUUAUAAAAGGAUGAAACGCGUAUGCAUGAACAUGAUGCAGUAACCAUAAAAUGCAUUAUAAAUACAAAUUUACUUCAAGAUUACAUUUUCAAUGGAUGAUAAAUAUCCUUCGCUAUAAUGUUGACUGAGCUAUACAGAAAACAUUUAAAAGUAAAAUGCAAUAAACAUAUUUCCCAAAACCCUGA